AUGCAUAAGUAUGACCGAAGAAACACAUAUCAAUACAAACUCAGGGAGUGUAAGCUUGAUGAGCUGAAGAAUCUUAGAGCUCUUUUGAUUGGUGAUCACAGAGAUGCCUUUAAGAAGGCAUGUGGUAACUUGUUGGGUUUUUUGUUGACCAAAGAAGAUACCAUAAUGAUUCUUACCUUCGCUCAGUUCUACGACCCCACUUUGAAUCGCUUCACUUUCCAGGAUUUCCUUUUAGCUCCCACUCUAGAGGAGUUUGCCCAUACCCUUUGUAUUCCUGUUAGAGAUCAAGUUCCUUAUAUGAGUACAUAUGAUUUUCCAGAAUCUGAUGUGAUUGCUCAAGCCAUUCAUCUCAAGAGGGGUGUGGUUGAAUCCAAUCUUCGUACAAAGGGUAACAUCAUAGGGUUUCCUUCAAAGUUCCUCAUUGAGAAAGCCACUCUAUUUGCUAAUAAUGGAAGCUGGGAUGUUUUCUAUGCCAUCUUGUCUCUCCUCAUAUACGGUUUGUGGAUCUUGACUCAUUUUCCAAGAAAAGGACCUUUUGCCGAGAAUGUGGGAGCACUGGAGUGGUCUCAGAGGUUGAUGUCUUUGAACGGUGAUGAUAUAGUAUGGUACAACCAUGAUUAUGAUGGGGUUGAACCUAUUUUUAGUUGUGGUGAUUUUCGGAAUGUUCCUCUUAUUGGUUCCAAAGGUGGAUUGAUUAACUACAAUCAUGUUCUUUCAGUUUGUCAGUUGGGUUAUUCGUUAAAAGAGAAGCCUGAAGACAAGCAGUUCGAAGAAUUUCUUAUAGCUAAAGGGAUUGAUAAUUCUGAAAUGCUAAAGAUACACCGUGCUUGGAGAAAGAUUCAUCGUAUUAGGGGAAAGGAACUUGAUAAACAUAAUUGUAUUGAAUUUGGGCCUUAUACAGAAUAUGUUAGAGCUAGAGUCAAGACUAUGAAGCUGCCGUAUCCGUGA